AUGAUGUGUCACAUUGGCGAAGAGAUUCAAAAGAGCACAGGGGCUAUUGCCUUGAAGGACCCUGCCCCGUCCAUUCUAGAUCUCUGCGCUGCCCCUGGCGGUUUCAUGGCCACUGCACUUCGCCACAACAAGGAUGCGAGAAUCUGCGGCAUCAGCUUGCCCAAGGACCUCGGUGGCCAUCCACUGCUUGUUCCUAAAUGGAAAACGGACCCGCGAGUCACGGUGAACUUUUUGGAUAUCACCAUGCUCGGCACAGAAUUUGGUAUGGAGUCAUGUUCGGGUCUCACACCAACACUUUCUUCUUAUCGUCCAUACCAUGGCCGUUUCUUCGAUCUUGUCUUCUGUGAUGGCCAGGUCUUGCGAACACACGCACAGUAUCGAGACGAGAAGCGAGAAAGCCUCGAAGCUCCACGACUGAGCUGCAGCCAGAUGAUUUUGGCCCUGCAAAGACUACGCCAGGGGGGAACAUUGAUCAUGCUCAUGCACAAGGUGGAGUCGUGGCAUACUCUGCAGACGCUUCGCGCAUUUUCCAGCUUCGCAACCGUACAACUCCAUAAGCCACAUAAAUACCACACUACUCGAGGUUCCUUCUAUCUCGUCGCCACGAAUGUUCAACCAGCAUCUCCUGCUGCGAAUGCCGCGAUAAGCACCUGGAAAGCUAUGUGGAGAGAAGCAACAGUCGGGACCCCCAACCUAGAUCAGCAGGACUGUGCUGCCUUCUUAUCACCAGAUUCAGAAAGUGAAGGAAAUAAGUUCUUGGAGGAGUUCGGAGAUCAAGUCAUCCGGUUGGGUGAGCCCGUCUGGGAUGUGCAGCGCAUAGCUCUCGCUAAGAAGUCUUGGAACUAG